AUGGGCACGAAAGAUGCCUGCGAUCCAAUCUACCCCAACGGCACCAGUAUUUUUGGUAAUACUCAAGCAGGAGCCACAGGCUGCUCCCUUGGUGCACUCUCCCCUUACGUGGUGAAUGCUACUGAGGCGGGCCACGUUCAAGCUGCGUUGGAGUUUGCUGAGGAUCAUAACCUGCGUCUGAAUAUCAAGAACACCGGACAUGGUGGCAAGCUGAGUAUAUGGACGCAUCACAUGAAGUCUUUCGUCUUUCACGAAACAUUUCAGCCUACCGGCUGUUCUGUCAACGCCAGCAGACGCGGUGCCCGAAUGGCGGCUACUAUUGGUGCAGGAAUACAAGAUAGAGAGCUCUUCGAGGCACUGGCCGGCCACAAUGCGUUCGGAACUGGCGGAACUAAUAAAGACGUUGGCGUUGUUGGGUGGUCGACAGGCGGAGGGCACGGGUUCAUGACAGGAGCGUAUGGCCAAGGAGCGGACAACAUCAUUGAGGCAUCUAUCGUCACGCCCAACGGGGAUGUCGUCGUGGUCAACGAAUGCCAGCAUGAAGAUCUUUUCUGGGCUAUUCGCGGUGGCGGUGGCGGCACCCUUGGUGUCAUCCUGAACUUGACUCUUCGGGCAUAUCCUUUGCCCGAUGUCACUCUGUUCGGGAUCAACACAGCCGCUAAGAAUAGUACUUCAACCAAAACCUGGUGGGAGCUUGUAGCAAGAUUCCAUACGCUCAUACCAGCCCUCCGAGAUCAAGGACUUCACGGAUAUUGGUCCAUGGGCGCUGCAUCCAGAGCACUGGGUGGCUCAUUCUUCCUGUGGAAUGCCGACAACGCAACAGUCGCUCGAGUCACGGCACCCCUGCAGGAAUUCUUCAAGAACUCGUCUGACUUGAUUGCAUAUACUGCUGCACUCAUCAAAUUGCCUACCUUUUAUGACCUUGUGAAGCAGCUGCCAGCUCUCGGCGACAUGAGCAGGAACAGCGCGACAUCGGCCUCCAGGCUCAUCUCACGAGAUGUCCUGACGCAGAACCAGACAGCUUUUGCGGAGACUUUGGAGAAGCUCGCUGAAAAUAACGUUGAGAGCCUAGUAGGUUCAUGA